UAUAAAACCAUUUCCUUAUUGAAAAUGGAAAUUGUUAGGAAAGGUUUGUUAAAUAAUUUAAAGAAUGCUAAUCCUACUGACUGCACUGAAGGAAUAAUGAAGGAUGUUUACGAUGGGCUUCUGUAUAAAAGAAUCGUUGCGCAAAUGAAAGAUGACUGCGUACUCUUAACGUUUUCAUUCGCCACAGAUGGGGCACCCUUAAAUGAAAGCACCAAAACGUCUUUUUGGUCAACGCUUUUAGGUAUUAAUGAACUGCCUCCACAGUUACAGUUCAAGUAUCCCUUGUUAGCAGGUUUAUGGAUGGGGGUAAAAGAACCUAAACCUGAGAUAAUGAAUCUUUACAUGGAAUCGUUCGGAUGUUCUUGGUGUUACUCUGAAGGGCAACAUUUACAUGGCUCAAUGAGAUAUUUGAUGGAAGAACACGAACCAGCUAAGAGAAGUCACUACAAAUAUUUGCUGGACAUGGACGCUGCUCAGAAGAUCAGACAAUCGUCUCUGAAAAGGGAAAAAGUAUUGUCAGUAAAUAAGGAUAAAGAAAAAGAAGAUGAUGAAGAAAAGGAUGACUGUGAAGAAGCAGAAGCACUUACAACUUCAGAUUCAAAUCAGAAUCCGAAAAAGAAGCUACGAAAGAAUGCUAAAACAAUUAGGGGUGUGAAGGGAUUUUCUGUUUUAACGGAUUUGCAAGGAUUCGACAUGCAAAGCAACAGCAAGUGACGGUUAAUGAGGAACUGAUGAAAAUGACUCCGCCUCAGGAGGAACAACGACUUAUAAGACCUUUGACUUCGGUAAAAGGGAAAUGGAAAGCUUCCAAAUGGCGCAGCUGGUUACUUUUUUAUGCAAUCCCUUAUUUAAAAGGAAUUUUAGAUGACUAUGCUCUGCAAUAUUUUGCUUUAUACUUCAAAAGUCUGUAUACACUCCUUCAAAGUAGUAUAACUGAAGAAGAAUUCCAGAAAGCUGAUUACGAUCUUCACCAAUUUGACUACUUUUAUGAAAUUAUUUACGGUGAAAAGUAUAUGACUUUUAAUGUUCACACUUUGAAGCAUUUAGUUAACUGUCAGAUGUUGCAGACCUGUUUGGGCAAACUUAACCUAUUUUUCAUUAUUAAAUCUUUUUAUAACGUAUAAAUUCGAAAAAUAUUCAAAUUUAUAUUUAUUUAUAUUUUAA